AAUUCCCCAAAAAUCGCCCAAAAUUGCCCAAAAUCCCCGAAAUUCACCCCAAAACCCCCUUUUUCCCAGGCCUGCGCCCUGGACCCGAUGCUGGACGAUUCGGUGGCCCUGGCCCGGCGUUUACGAGCCCUGGGCCGGCCCGUGACCCUUCGGGUGGUCCCGGGGGUCCCGCACGGGUUCCUCAGCCUCGCCCCCCUGAGCCCCGAGUGCCGCCGGGCCGGGGGCCUGCGCCCUGGACCCGAUGCUGGACGAUUCGGUGGCCCUGGCCCGGCGUUUACGAGCCCUGGGCCGGCCCGUGACCCUUCGGGUGGUCCCGGGGGUCCCGCACGGGUUCCUCAGCCUCGCCCCCCUGAGCCCCGAGUGCCGCCGGGCCGGGGGCCUGCGCCCUGGACCCGAUGCUGGACGAUUCGGUGGCCCUGGCCCGGCGUUUACGAGCCCUGGGCCGGCCCGUGACCCUUCGGGUGGUCCCGGGGGUCCCGCACGGGUUCCUCAGCCUCGCCCCCCUGAGCCCCGAGUGCCGCCGGGCCGGGGGUCUCUGCUCCCAAAUCCUGCGCCAGGUCCUGGAGCCCCCUCCCCAAAUUCUGCCCGGCCUCGUCUGCGGGGGGCUCGGGGGGUCCCGCAGGGAGAGUUUGGG